AAAAAACAAAGCCUUUGAACAGUAAAGGGGAGAUCCAAAGCUCUCUCACAUCUCUCUCCAGCGCCAAGCCUUUGAACAGUAAUCUCCCGUUGCUUCUGCGAAUCCACGCUAAUUCGUUAAUAAGAAAUAAGUAGAAUGUCAUAUGAUGCAGUGGAUACAUCAAUAGGAGAGCUUCUUUGUUCUGUUGUUGUGAACUAACUGGCAUCAACCGAGAUGAUCAACAUUCAAAUCUCCUAGUUUAUACUGGAUAAACUGCGGCAAGCAACAUAUGGAAGUUCAGAAACUUGUUUUCAUGCAAAUUCUCCUCCUACUAGGAAUUGAACUGACACUUCUUGCCAGAUCUGGCUCUUGCAUGCACACUUUGCUAUUAUCAAGUGAGGAGGGCAAGUGUAACUCAAAUUCUGAUGUCAAAACCCAAACUACAAGUGGUUUUCCUGGUUUAGAGAAAUAUAUUGCAGAAACCUAUUUUAGGAAGCAUGAUAGCUUGGUUGAGUCUGAUUUUCAAAAUUUCAUUGCAAAUGAGCUUCCUCUUGGCUUGUGUCAAGUGCUGCAAAAUAAACUCAACCCUGUGCAAAGACUUUCAGUUCAUCAGCGCCAUCUGAUUGGUGAGGGUUCUCAUCGCCGCCUUUCUUCAUCUAUCAGAUUGCCCAUCCAGUCACUGUCCAUACCGGAGCUACCCAGACAUUUCUGUAAGAUCAUAAUAGUAGAAAGACUACCUUCUGGUGUUUUUGCAGAUCCAUUUGAGCUCCAGCAUCUUCUUCUGCAUGGCGUUUUUACAGAAGCAGCUGUGUUUGGAGACACCAAUUUGGAGUUGCCUUCAGUAGUUUCAAAUCGGUCUGUUGUUGAGGUUCACAUGGAUAUAGGUGAUAACAUAUUGACAGGACUUAACAAUGGACUGGAAAUCAGCAUUGAGCUUCCAUUGCAUGCACGCUAUGCACCUUUAGGAGAACGUGGCUUUUCAAGAGUUGAAUUUGGUGAACCUGCAAUAUUCAUGCACUGCUACAUUGAAGGGAUGUCGAAUGACCAGAGUUGUUUAUUUUUGGCCGCUGCUGGUGAUGCUGCUGCAUCUCCAACUGUAGGGUGGGAAGUUCCCUGUGGAAUUAAGGGGCACUCUGGUGUUGUCUCUGCUGUUACCUUUGUUUCGGCUGCUGUAUCAGCUUUCUUAAUUGUCUUGACAUCUAUCUUUUAUCCAGAUAUUCAGAAAUCUGCAGCAUUUUGAAAGUAUUUUUAUCUGUUCCUCA